AUGGCAUCUCUUCUACGUGGCACCGCUUUCAUAACGGGUGCCGCUUCUGGCAUCGGCCAGCAUACGGCUCUGGCAUUUGCCAGGCAUGGCAUAACCCGCCUUGCUCUCGCCGACAUCAAUGCUUCGGCUCUCCGGAGUACCACCGACCUUCUCCGCCGCCGCUUUCCCACUGUCGAGCUUCUCCCUCUCGCCGUCAACGUUCAAAAUGCUGCAGAGGUGAAGGCGGGUAUUUCCCAAAUCACGUCAACCUUCGGCCGCCUUGACAUCGCCGUCAAUAAUGCCGGUAUUGGAGGCAGCGGACGCCCUACCGAUGAGAUCGACGAAGCCGAGUUCAGCAGAGUUCUCGACGUCGACCUUCACGGAGUAUGGCGUUGCCAGCGAGAGGAAAUCAUCACCAUGCUGAAGCAGGAGUACGAUCUGACCACAAAGAAACGGGUUCUUGGUCUGACCAAAAGCGACGCCUGCACGUAUGGUCCCAAAGAUAUCCGGAUAAACGCCAUCUGCCCGGGCUACGUCGAGACGCCCCUCGUCCUCCAAACCAUGGCUCAGGAUGCCGACUCACCUCUAGCUCGGGACAUUGAGAGAACACCCUUCGGACGAAUGGCUAAAUCAGAGGAAGUUGCGGAUUGCAUCACCUUUCUUGCCUCGGAUAUGAGUAGCUUCAUGCAAGGCGCCGGCUUGGUGGCCGACGGAGGCUUUACGGUUCAGUAG